UGACGGUGAGCAGUCGUCGUCGUGUGGUGUUCCGCGGUCAAACCAAGUAGUAGAAGAAGUUCGUUGGGGUCGUCCUCGUCGUCGUCGUCCGUGACCGUUGUCCCCGUGUGUCGUCGAAGGAGGGAGGAAAAUAGUUGAUGGAGAAGAAAAAAUAGCUUAAUCGUCCUCGUCUGGCAACAGAGCAAGCGGGGGGUAGUCGAGCGUGGUGGUCAGUGCCGUACAGAUGCGCGUGUGAAUGACAUUCUACGGCUUUUGAAGGGGGCUUCGCCGUAACGAGUGGAGUAGUGCGUUCAAAAAACUAUCACUGUCCUUCGAAGGUUCUAUGGGAGGGGGUGUAAAAUCGACUCUGACUAGAGGAGCCAGGCGUUCGCCGCGCGUUCGACUGUUUGAGUGUGAGUGCAAGUGGAAGUGACCGUCGCGUCGUUGUCGUGCCGUCAGAUGAAACGGCGACUACGGGCACGGUGGUGAAUACGGGCCUUUUAGGUUGGUGGCGUUCGCGUAACAAGGGAUGCCCCGUGUCUGUGUCUAAGAAAAGAACACCACUUUUGUCAAGUGUGCGCUCUGGCUGGUUGGCUGGCUGAGGAGGAUAAAGCACAGAUGAUGGCUGCGCUGAUGGUGAUGGGUUCUUUUUUUGUGCGAGAUGGUCGCGAAAUACCCCUGUUCAGAAGCUGGCUGUAGCGACCCGUAAUCAACAGAGUGGUUGUGAGCGAUUGAGCAGCAGUGGCAGCACCUACUAAGACGGAAAAUUAGUAGAACGAGGGAAGGGAAGAGAAAAGGGAAAUUACGAAUCAAUCCAAGUGUGCCGUGGUAAAGUGAUCAGCUGCUGCUUGCUGAUUGGAGGAAUUUUCUUUGCAAGAAAGUAGAGGAAAUUUUCGUCCGUGAAUGGGAGUGCGACAGAGUGCAUCGAAAGUGAAUGAAUUUCGAGGAAGAUGGAAGGGGAGUGAAUCAUCGGAGGUGGAGAAUCAAUUUGAAGGAUUUACUCAGUGAAGUGCCAAGCGUGGGAACAAGCGAUCAUAGAGUUUCUGAAAAGUGUGCGUUUCUUCACCGCCUACAUUGUUGUUGAAAAUCACAAACCAAAUCCAAAAUAGUCACAAGCUUCCAGACCAUGAUUGGGGAAGAGCUUCAAUUGCAUACCAUACAUGCAAUGCACUGCUGAUGCUGCUGAGCGAGAGACUCGAAACUGCAUCUGCGUCCUCCGAUGGAGAGUGAGCAAUUGCAGUGAGCACAACGACUACUCGCUACGGGGCUUCUGGUGGAGAAACACAACGGGGAUUGAAAUUUUCCAGGUAACGACCAAGUGAACAAAAAAAUCGACUAAAACAAAAGAAAACCUUGUUAAGCGGGGAGUGCUGCUGCAAUUGAUUGUGUCUGCGAUUUUUUCUUCCUGUGACAAAUACCCGGUGCCCCCGUCCGUAGUCUGUAGUGACAGCUCGUGAAUUGUUUGGUAGUGUCUUCUUAAGUCGGAAGAACAACCGAAGAGAAAAGUAUUAAAAAAGUAUUAAAAGAAAAAUAAAAAUAUCUAUUAAAGUUUAGAGCACAGCCUGCUGCUUGCCAAGGCAGCAUUUUCGUUUGGAUCGGAAUCUCGUCGUCGUCGUCUCGUCGAGUGAAAUGCCGUAGUCGUUCAGCGAGGACGUCGCGACGCCACCGGUGAUGGGCGCCCUGAGAAGCAAUGGGAAAAAUGAAGAAAAAUGUUUGGAUCGCGCGCGCGUUAUAUAACUACUAAAAUAGAAUCCAUCAGCCAGCGGCGGCAACAACGGCAGCAGCGUUGUCACUCGGGUGUGUUGUAGCAGAGUGCUCGCAUCGUCCUCGCAACCCGUUUCGUGGCCCGUUCCGCGUUUUGGGGGGAACAGUCGGCGGCAGACGAGCGAGAGCGUCGCGGUCCGUUGAAUCUGUGUGGCCUCCUGGCCGCCUGGCCACGCCAAUGUGAGCGUGUGAGUUUCAGUGUCUCGUGUGUGAGCAACCGUGCGCUCGCGAGGUCGUAGCAGGCGGAGGUGGUGGGCGACUACUCAGAUGACGCUGGCUGGCUGCUGUGUAGUCUACAGUGGUUGACAUGACUACCACGUUGCUGUCGUUGUCGUUGUCGUCGUCGUCGUCGUAGUUUGCUACGAUGAGUGGAAAUGCCUACGGCAAAAUGAUAAAUAAUUUCUGAGAUUAUGCUUUGAAACGAGCAAGAACAAGAAGAAACAUCAGUGAAGCGCUUCUCGGACACAAAUCGGAAAGAAAAUCAUCCACACUUUUUAUUCUCUUGCGGUAAUGGGACCCAUUUUCAUCAGAAGGAAUACACUGAAACCUCCAUUUAGGUUCCUGGCGCGUAGCACUUCAACAAGCAGCAGGAGGACAUUGAAUUCGGGACAAAUUUCAAUCUAAUCAGGCCACUGCCGACUGUCGACCCAGGACUGCUUGACGGGUCCAUAACAGCAUAAACAGUAGGACGGGAAUGCCGUGGUGGUUCCGUGGAGGAGGAAAACGAGCUCGGAAGAAACCAUUCAACGGAAGUUGGAUGUAAGUGGGGGUAAAACGAGUGGUAGUGGGGAAGAAGCCAAGUGAAGAGAGAGGUAGAAAGGAAAGAAUUAGACGUUUGAGCCGCCACACGCACGUGUGGAAGCUGGAGGGGUGCUGGCGGCGGGGGACGAAAGGCAUCAACGGGAGAGACAUGAGUCUCCGAGGAUUUAUAGCAGUGCUUCUGGUCGGAAUCAACGUUAUUGCAGCCGGAACGUCAUUACUGUUGGGAUUGCUUGCGACAGGUGCUAGGCCGGUGUUAGGGACAACCAACGAUGGUCUGGCCAAUCAACUGCUGGAACAACAGCACCCUCAACCACAACCACCAUCACCAUCACCACCACAAUCACAGCAGGCGCCGAUAGCGCCUGUGGAACUGCCGCAGCUAGGGCUGCUGCGAUCACUGCCGGUGGUCACUGAACCGACCCCGAAUGCCGCAGCCAACAUCAUCAACCUGGACCGAGAUGGGGGCGUUAGUUUUAUUCCGCGGAAGGACUUCCGCCUGCAGCAGCGAGCGGUGCCGGCCGAGUACGCCGGGGCUUCGGCCAUGCCACACUGCGAAUCGUUUACCAUGGGUAAUCCAGACCAGAAGAUGUUGUACAGUCCUGGAGCGCCCGGGAACUAUCCGAACAACAGCGACUGCGUCGUAGUGUUGGAGGCCCCGGUCGGGUCGCUGGUGCGGCUGGACUUUCGCGAUCAUUUCCAUAUCGAACCGUCGGAGGAGUGUAAAUAUGACUUUUUAGAGAUCCGCGACGGUGCCCACGGUUUCUCGACGCUACUUGGCAAGUACUGCGGUACGACCUACCCGCCGAUGAUCACCUCGAAGGAGCGCUUCCUCUGGCUGCGGUUUCACUCGGACGAGAACAUCGAGUACAGCGGUUUCGUUGUCGUCUACGAAUACGUGCCAAGGCCGACGUCAUCCGUCUACGAUGACGAGGGCUGCCGCAUCGAGGUGUCCGGCAUGGAGGGCUUCCUCAACCGGACGGACGUCCCGCGCGAAAAGCAGCAGACGGUCAUCGAGCAUGGACUCUCGCUCGACUGCAUGUGGGUCGUCACCGUGCAGGACGGCUGGAAGAUUCAGCUCUCGUUUCUGAUGUUCAAGCUUGAAAAGCCCAACGACUGCGAGAGCAAUUUCGUGGACGUGUUUACCGAGCGAACGGAUCUACCGUCAAGACUGAAGAACUUUUGCGGAUCGAUUGCCGACUCGGUGGUGUCCAAAUCGAACGUGCUGCACAUCCGGUUCUUUGCCGAGGCGUCCGCCAUCAAUUCCACCUUCUCGAUACUGUUCACUGCAUUUAGGGAGAAGGCUGCUGGAGAGACAUGUGACGAUAACGAAUACGAUUGUGAAGACGCGACUUGCAUUUCGUCCGACCUGCGAUGCAACGGACGGAUCAACUGUCGGUUCCGAUGGGACGAAGACGAAUGCCAUACGAAGACCCAAGCCCAGUCGGAGCACGUGACUAUCAUCAUGGUGGUGUUCGGGAUCAUCUUCGGCAGCAUGGUGAUCGCGUUCGUGAUCAAGAUUGUGCGGAAGAUCAUGCGGGACCACAAGAUCAUCCGGGAGCACAUCCGGCAGUCGCGCGAAAGUAAACUGAACGAACUGGGUCGCCACUCGACGAAGAAGCCGGUCGAUCUGGACAUCACCAAGUUUCCACCGCCUGCGUUCGACAAGGAGCCGCUGAACGUGCUGGAGAAUGCGGCCAAUAGCUACUACCGGGAGGUGAUCUCACCUUCGAUGGUGGGUGGUGGUAGUGGUGGAAGUGGAGGCGGAGGAAGUGGUGGAGGAGGCGGUGGGAGUCACAUGUUUAGCAGUAGCAGUAGGAUAGAUAUGAAGAACGAUCCGAGUCGGAGUCAGCAGGAGAUUCAGGACAUUCUGCGGAGCAGUUACCAUGAGGAUCCGCUGCGGGCGGCGACCAUGGGCAUGAAGGAUGCCGGCAUGUGCGACAUGGCCUGUCAGACGAGGGAAUCCCUCUUCCAGCCGGUGUUCAAGAACAAGGUGACCCAGUCGCCGAACCCGAACAGCAUACGAUUUUCCACCUUCGGGUACGAAGCCCAGCAGCCGAGUGGUGGCGGCGGCGGCGGCGGCGGCGGAAGCCAAUCGCCGCCUACUCAGCUGCCUUCGGUGACGCCUCCCCCGCCGAAGGUGAAACACCACCACCAUCAUCAUCAUCACCAUCACAUGGGUGGCGGUGGAGGCGGAGGCGGAACACUAGACCGUAGCAAAGGUAACAAAUUUGAACUGCAGGACCUCAGUGGGACGACCGGAGGCGGUAUUUCGAUUGGGGUCGGUGGAGAUGAGGAAACGGAUCUCCACGGUGGUCACCAGCAUAGUCAUCAUCAUCACCACCAUCAUCUCCAGCAGCAGCAGCAGCAACAGCAGCAGAAGGUGGUACUAGAACGGGAUUUGGACCCGACGGUGGGCAUGAAUAUCCGGAAGUCGGCACCGGAUGUUAUCAUAAUGACGUCGUCCCAUUGAUUUUAAGGCGUUGGGGGAGUGGGGGUUUUGUUUGUUGAAAGUAGGUAAAAUUGUUUCGGAACGGAUGCAAAUCGGUCGGUCGAGUCUAGAAGAUGGUCACACCAGUACAUGGGCACAUUGGGGUAGGAUCGAGAAAAACUUGGAAUGACCCUCAUGCUUACGAUAUCACGAAAAAUCCUAAAUAUCCUCUUCCGCAUUUUUGAAAGAAAUUCCUAUAACAUUGAAUACUUUUGCUAAAUUCUUUAACAAUUCAGGAGCAAUUCCUUUAGGUAUGCUUCUGUAAUUUUUGUUGAAUAUUCCUCCGAUAAAUUCUAAGCUCCUUCGGCAAUUUAUUCUGGAAUGCUGUUGGAGAGUAUCAAAGCAAUCAAUACUUGAAUUUGAAAUCUAUAGAUGUUAGUUAGCAACCCAUAGUAACCCUUGACAACCGAUAAACAAACUCGGAUUAUAAAAACCUAGCAUUGUCAGAUUUUUCUCUAGUUCUUUCUAGUUUCCUUGAAUGAAGAAAUACAACAUUUGGCGACGAGAAGCAACGAAUCCAACGUUGGAGGAAGAGCUUCUGAAUCAAGAAUCAGGAUGGCAAAAUGUGGAGAAGCCUACAUUCAAGACCUCUACGCCUCUACCACCAAAUCCUGUACCAGAAUCGGCAGAUGGCGGAACAAAACACUCAGAUGAUGCAGAUAAUGGAACGUUUCGGUAUUCAAGAAAACGUUUCCCAUCGGCCCACGGACAGUCCGGAAUUCAUCAUCGAAUCCCUGGCUUCCUACAUCCGGGAGUUCGUGUACGACCCGGAGAAUGGUUUCGUUUUUGGCCGUUGGCACAGGAAGUACGAAGACCUCUUCCUGAAGGACGGCGCGAAGUUGUCCACGACAAGUACGUCAAUUUUGUGCUGUCAAGCCACCUUCGUGACUACACAUUCGAGGAUACGGUGAAGAAACUGAAGGAACUUUUCGGUAGGCGGAUCUCGUUGUUCAGCAAGCGCUACCUGUGUUUCCAGUUGACCAAGAACGACGCCGACGAUUUCCUGACGUACGCUGGAACGGUCAAUAGGUGCUGCGAAGAUUUCGACUUCAACAAUAUCAAGGCGAAUCAAUUCAUGAGCCUGAUUUUCAUCUGUGGGUUACGAUCUUCCAAGGACGCCGUCAUCCGGACGGAGACUGCUUACCAAGCUCGAGGGAAAUGCGGAAGGCGAAUGCACUCUGAAAUCGCUCAUCACUGAGUGCCAACGCCUCCAAAACCGCAAACACGACACUGCCUUGGUGGAGCAGAAGAAAUCGGUGAGUUCAAAUUGUGCAAUCAAGCAGCGCAAAUCCGCACCGCCCAGAUCUGGAUCCAAGGACAGGAAGAAGACGAAAGCUGAUUACCCCAAGACGCCCUGCUGACAGUGUGGCGGAGUGAACUACGUCCGCGACUGCAGCUACAUGAAGCACGUUUGUCGGGACUGCAAGCAAACCGGCCACAAAGAGGGGUACUAUAGCUGCUACUCAUCCAAGGCUGCAGGUAAGAAGAAGACGAACGUGAACGGUGUUUUCAGCAUCAACCAGAAAGAUGGCUCCUCUAACCGAAAGUUCCUGACAGUGGACAUCGACGGAUCGAAAGCCACCCUGCAGUUGGACACUGCGUCAGACAUGACGGUCAUCUCGAAGAAGCAGUGAAGGAAGAAGCUGGGUGCACCAUCGCUGACUCCCACCACACGGACGGCGAAAACGGCAUCAGGUGAUCCGCUCCGUCUACUUGGUGAACUCCGAUCGACAGUUACGCUCGGAUGUGUCACUAAAACAGAAACGUUCUACGUAACCAACAGCUCAAUCAACCUGUUCGGUCUGGACUGGAUCGAGCUAUUCGGUCUAUGGGACACCCCGUUAUCAACGAUUUGCAACCAGGUCCACGUUCCUGCUCCAACCGAUCAGAUUCAACGGUACAAAGCAGCGUCGUUUCCUGAUGUGUUCAAGCCCGACCUCGGACACUGCUAGAAGAUGAAGGUGCGACAUUAUCUCAAGCCAGGAGUCAACCCCGUUUUCAAGCCGAAGAGACCAGUUCCGUUCACAUCCAUGGAGAAUAUUGAAGCUGAACUGGAUCACCUCCAGUCCCUGGACAUCAUCACGCCAGUGGAAUAUUCGACAUGGGCUGCUCCAAUUGUCGCAGUGAAGAAACCCGGAGGAAAAGUGCGAAUCUGUACCGACUACUCAACCGGACUCAACGGACUCAAAAUUGAGAUUUGAUCUGCGAAAAGAAAUCCACGUGCUCCGGUGGGAAUCGAAUCCACGACUCUCAGUUCGCUAGACGGGCGCGUCUUUCCAUCAAGCUUCAAAAUUUUCAAAAACCAAAUAGAUCCAAGCUUUUCGAAAACUAUUUGCUCUUACGCUUUGACAUACAUGCACACAACAUAGACAUGUAGAUGUUAAUCUAAUACCAUCCAAAGGAGAUUUGAACUGUGAAAGAGAACAAACUAUGUGGCUUCAGGGGACGAAGAUGGUUAAGGAGAAACUUCAGAGAAUACAAAUAUGGCUGCCGCAAUGGCCGACUUGGACCCCUACUCAUGUUUUCAGGAACACCAAUCUUGAAAAUUCUUGCCUAAAUAAAUGCUCUCGAUUUGGAAAAACUGCCUCUUUUUGCAAAUGAGCAAAGCCAGGAUAAACAAGUUCAGAUUAUUUCGUUGAUUCGUUCGUCAGAGUUGUGCCUCUAAAGUUUGUAUGCAAAAAUGCAAUGGGAUUUCAUGAUGUUUCACCUUAUGCUUGGAAGAAAGAAGCACCCAUCUAGCGAAUUCAGAGGCUUCGGUUCAAUUCCAACCGGAGCACGGACUGUCUUUUCGCAGUUCAAAUCCCAAUUUUUUCAUCAAACAGGUGUUUCUGUUGUGCGCAUGGAUGUCAAAGCAUUCAAACGUUGUAAUUGAGUUAAUUUUAAGAAUAAAUAUAUUUUGAUUCAACCCUUCCGUUACCAACCCCCCCUAACGAGAGUGCGAAAAAAACACUUUUUUCGCUAUAACUUUUUUGAUUUUCAAUAUUUUUCAACCAAAUUUUGACACAAGAAGGAUAGAAGGAUAUCCUUCUAGUUUAGGGAUUUUCCAGGGAUUUUCGGAAUGGCCACCUGGUUCCGGAGUUAUUCCGGAAUCAAAAUGGGUCAUUGGAAUUGGCCAUAUUGGAUAAAGUGAAUUUUCGAUAUGAGAACAGUUUAGUUUUUAGACCUAAAUGAACUAGAAUGAUUGAAACAUAUGUCUGGAAGUCCAUACCGGUCACUAAGUGCCUUGGAACCAGUUUUACGGAUGUUCCGGGGAACCGGUUCCGGGGUCAAUUUUUGAAUAAGAUUCAAUACCAUCAUGCGACACCUCAAACUUCGUGAUAUUUCAAGAUACAUCAUUCUGAACUGUUUUUGUGUUAUCCGAAAUACUUUUGACCAUUUUGUAACCUAAAGGCGGAUUUCACGGGAAUUGGUUCCGGUGAUUCCGGGGUCAAUUUUUGAAUUCGUGGUUUUUCUAGAUAUACCAUUCUGAGCUGUUUUUGUGUUAUCCAAAAUACUUCCUCCUGGUAUUCCUUCAAGACCUUCUCCAUGGGGUUUUCAAGGAAUACCUCUAUCGAAUCUUCCAGUGAAUUCUCUAAGUAUACCUUUAUGGAUUCCUCCCGAUAUUUCUUCAAUAUGCUUCUCUUGGGGUUUUCCAGGCAUCCCUGAAGUUUUACCAGACAUUUUGCAGAGAUUCCUCCAGCAAUCCCUCCCGCAAUUCUUCUAGGGAUUUCUCUCGAGAUUUAUAUUUUUUUUUCAGGAAUUCUUGGAGAGGUUAUUGAAAACAAUCUUAUUGAGGUUCUUCCAGAAGUUUUUCCGGCGAUUCCUCCAGGAAUUCCUUUAGAGAUUUUGGCCUGGGAUUUCUCGAGAAACUCCUCAUGGGGUUCCUCCGAGAACUCGUUCCGACCUACCUCCAAUAAUUGAUUGCCUGCAAUUCCUUCAGGGACUCUUUCAUGGAUUUCUCCAGAAUACUUCUAAAGAUUAUUCCAGGGACUUCUCUAGGCAUUCCUCUUGGUAUAUAGUCAAAGAACAUCUUUUAUGAUUCCUCCAAGUAUUCCUCAUGGGAUUUUACAAGAGAAAUCUCUAGUAAUACCUACUAGUCUUUAGAAAAAAUCACUAAAAGCAUCAGCAGAGGCAAAUUUCUUGGCCGUAAACUACCAAGACUGUUUUAUGUCAAAAGGAUCAGAUGUUUCCAAAUCUAAAAAAAAAAUCAGUCGUUCAUUCCACUUUUUUUUCGAUUCUGCCCCAGUAUCCAAUCUCACCACUGCUACUGACCGUGACCGAUAUCGACGACACACUGCGAAAAGUGGAAACUAUGUGUUUCGGGGUUUCCAAGGUUAAACUUUGUGUUGUUUUAGGAUAAAUAGCAGGCAACGACGAAGGAAAACGCGCGCGCCCGCUCGGACGUGUGUUCCGGAAAUUGAGAGGAAAAUUGGUUCAUCGUUUCUUUUAUCUUCCUAGGAAAAUCUUGUUGUAUAUAGGUUGUGGCUAUUUUUGGUACGCUGGGGCUUUUCACUUGUGGAAAGGGUGUCGAAGGGAGGGGAUCAAAAGACGAAACGUUUAUAGUGAAAAUCGGACGAAAUUUCGGAAGGAGUAGGUAGGACCGGAACUAGAUCAAGGCUAAGAUAAGAGCUGUUUUACACCCAUACAAUGUGUUACUUUGAGUUCGGCUGGUUCGAUGGUCGGGACGCUUAAACGAUAAGUUGUUGCGAAAUGGAGGGGGUUUAACGUUAUUAUCCAUUUUGGGAGAGCAAAAAAGCUGUUAGGAAGAAAUACACAAUGUGCUAACUCAGCACUAAUAAGUUAUAUGACUUGCCAAGAAACACCCACAGCAGAAUCAAUCGUCGAUAAGUUAAGUUUCUUUGUAUGAUAUUUAAAUAGAAUAAUUUUCAUUUUCCUCGGACAGAUUUAAGGAAAACACGGAAAAUCAUCAAGCUACAACCGAUUUGUACAUAAUUCACACGUAUUAUCCACCUAUGUCUCAACAAGACGCUUUAGAUUAUAAUUUAGUGGAAAAAAACGGUGUAAACCAAGAAUGCUUCCAACACUCUUAGGUCAAAUUAGCAUAAUUCCCCUUCCAUCCAAGUAAGCCGAAUUGUAAUACGUUACCAUAACUGGUAUAUGAGAGAAAGAGAGAGAGAGAAAGCAGAGUUUGCAUUUUUACGCGCCCCUUCCCCAUUUGACUUUUUCGGCAGUUAUGUAAAAUUUUCGCUUAUCUUGAAUCUCAAAUUUGAGCGCUGUUUUCAAGUCAUUUAAGUCAAUCCACUAGGUUAACAACGUCAAAGGUGCCAAUUUGUUUUCUUCUCCAACCGUGUGAAAGAAUGCGCCAAAAUGCCAAAUGACGCGACGGAGUAGAUAGUUUAACGAAAAGAAAAGAAAAGAAAAACUCGAAAAUGGUUAUUGUUGAUCGUUAAAGCAACCUAAUUCUAGACAAAUGGAAAACCAAAUUUGGACAAAUUUAGUUUUAAGUAUUGAUGGAUUUCAAAUCAAACAAAGCGGCGUGAGGAAAAAUGCGCGAGAAAUAAGACACGAGAGUUUAUAUAACGGGGGACCAAAGCCCAAACAUGAACGAUUAAAACAGGAUACACGUAACACAAACAGUUCUAUAGAAUGCCAAUUGCAAACAAUAAUAAGGGCAAGCUUGGUCGACUGUUUAAAGCAAGACAGAACCCUAGAAAUAGUCACGGAAAUGCCACAAAUCACAAAUGUACAUUAGACUCCACAGCUACAUUGGGAAAAUUCAUACUUAAAUGUUUAAGGUGUACAAGAGCACAAAACGAGAGAAAUAGAAAGCAAAAUGUUGAAACAGUCGAAUCGGCCGACAUGAAAGGUCGGGUCUUGUUUUUUUUUUAGUGCGCCCAAUAACAGAGUUGAUGUGUUGAUCAUGCAAAUUUACAAUUUGUAUAAAUUUUAAAGCAAAACAUAAAACAAGAAACAGUAUAGAAAAUUCAAACAACGGCAACAACUGAUUGAAAAACCCGAUUUGGAUAUCAAAUUGAAAGCCGCAGUCAAACCGGAUUGAGUGUGAAGAGUAAAAGAACAGAAAUCAUGUACAUUUUUACUGGUAAAUAUUUAUAAAUAAAAUAAUUGCACAGAAA